CCUCCAUUGCCUUAUCCUGGGGAGAAUCCACCACGGUCCAGCAGACAAAGGGUCAGGAGCACCAGGAGAGAUCACCAUCAGUACCCUCUGCUUUACUGCUGUUGUCGGAUCUUUCCUCCGUAUCCUCCACAUGAUUCACCUUUUUGGAGCUUUGCUGGCCAUUUUAGGAAACCUGAUAAUCAGCAUUUCCUUAAAUAUUCAGAAAUAUUCCCAUGUUCAGCUGGCGCACCAAGAGCACCCGAGACCGUACUUCAAGAGCGUGCUUUGGUGGGUGGGAGUUCUGCUGAUGGUGGUGGGAGAAACCGGGAACUUCGCAGCCUACGGCUUCGCACCCAUUACCGUCAUCGCGCCGUUGGGCUGUGUGUCUGUUGCAGGUAGUGCCAUUUUUUCUGGUAUGUUUCUAAAAGAAAAUUUGAGAGCCUCAGAUAUACUUGGUAUGACACUGGCUAUUGCAGGAACAUAUUUAUUGGUGAACUUUGCUCCAAAUAUAACUCAGGCUGUCUCAGCAAGAAGCGUGCAGUAUUACUUUGUUGGCUGGCAGUUCCUGAUCUAUGUGAUUUUUGAAAUAUUAAUUUUCUGCAUUCUCCUCUACUUCCAUAAAAGAAGAGGAAUGAAGCACAUUGUGAUUCUGCUGACCCUGGUGGCACUUCUAGCCUCACUGACCGUUAUAUCAGUAAAAGCUGUCUCAGGCAUGAUCACUUUCUCUGUGAUGGAUAAAAUGCAACUAACUUAUCCCAUCUUCUAUAUCAUGUUUGUCAUCAUGAUAGCAUCUUGUGUUUUCCAAGUCAAGUUCUUGAAUCAAGCCAUGAAACUCUACAAUACGACCGCAGUGGUCCCGGUGAACCAUAUCUUCUUUACCACCAGUGCCAUUAUAGCAGGUAUCAUCUUUUAUCAGGAAUUUCUUGGUGCUGCUUUUCUCACCAUAUUUAUAUAUCUGUUUGGGUGCUUUCUGUCAUUCCUUGGCGUGUUCUUGGUCACAAGAAAUCGAGAAAAGGAACAUCUGCAGCAGUCUUUUAUUGAUUUUGGAAAUAUUCCUGGGAAACAAAUGUUGGACAAAGUACAACCAGAUUCAAAUGGCUUAUCCUAUGGAGCCUUGCCUGAUGGAAGUGACUCUACAAAGAGCCAAAGUGGAGAGAAGAAAGAGGUCUAAACUGCCGAGAGGGAGAGCUGUUGGCCUGUUACUCGAUACCACCUUUUUCAAAAAUUGCACAUGUUCAAUUUGUGUCAGCAGCUAUUUCGUGCUGACAUGUGUGAGCAUUCGUUUCAGUCCUUCCCCCACUACGGACAAUCAGAGCCUCCCUAAGCUUUGACAGUCUAAUGUUUGCAUGGAAUGUAAUUCAAAGUGUUCCCCAUACCCUGGACCUCUCCCUAGCGAUCAUCUAACUGGCUAGAUCUUAAUUACAGCCUGGCUGCUCCUGCAGGAAUGUCACACAAAAAUGUGCCUUCACAGUUUGCUCGUGGAAAGCAUAGGUCGCUGCUCCUUAUGUGACUUGUAGAGUAUGGUGCUUGGCUUUAAAGAAACACUUAGUCCCACAUGCUCAGUCCUGAAAGGUUUGAGAGCUUUUGGUUUUGUUUUGUUUUGUUUUUCUAGCACACCUUUUAUGAACCUCCCAUAUAAAGCUCACCUUCUUAUUCCAAAAUUAGAAUGUCAGGUUACCUUUUUUGAAAACUAACCCUACUAAAAUCCUCCUUUGAAAACAAAAGGUCUCUUUAAAAUUAAAAUUUACAAGCGGACUGAAUGAUGGUGUGUACCAAAGCUCAAAUAUGUUGGCUCUUGGACUUUUUAAGCUUAAAAAUUGGCAAAUUCAAGAAAUUGGACUGUACUCACUUCCGCAGCACAUCUACUAAGACUGCAACAAAUACAGAGAAGAUGAGUACGACUUCUGUGCAAGGAUGACAUGCAGAUCCAUGAAACAUUAAGAAAAAAUUAGAGCCAAUAUUUGUUUCCUAAUAAACCUAUAGAAUGAUGACGUUUUCUUCAGUCAUAUGAUCCUAUUGUCCCUGAACUGAAAAUAAAGAAAAACUUGUGU